AUGCAGGAAAACGAUCUUCCAUACUUUCCCAAAAAUGUGACCCCUUCUGAAAAGGUUAUCCCAGUUGCUGAUUGCAACUAUCACACAUACUUCUGGAGUGUGGAAAGAGAUCCGAAAGAUUAUAAGGGAAGAAUUUUGAUUCUUCAUGGAUAUAGAGACCUUAGACAGGUGUACUACUACUUUUUGGAGCAGUUGGCACUAAACGGAUAUGAUGUGUUCUACUUCGACCAGAGAGGAGAAGGAGAAACAGUUUUGAAAAACGGUAAAAAAGGAACUACCAACGAUGAGCACGCAUUUAAAGCCGUUGACUAUUUCAUUGAGUACAAUCAGAAAGAGUUAGAGCAAGAGGCGAAGGAGGGAAAAGUGGAUGAAGCAAAGAAGUUGAGCAUUCUAAGUGUCUCAAUGGGAGGUGGAAUCUCACUAAACUACGCGGCAAUAGGAAAAUAUGCCUCGAAUUUGGCCGGCAUGGUUAACAUUGCACCACUAAUUCUUUUGCACGAAAAAACGUACCCCGGGAGAAUUACCGAGUUUGUCGUCCGAACAUUGUGUGCAAUUCCAGGAUGCCAGUCUCUACAUGUGAAAACUAAUCUUCAUCCAGAAUACAUUUCGGGAGAUUCGAAAUACAGUGAAUAUAUCAGGGAAAGAGACAGGAAAAGCCCGCUUUCAGCCACGCUUGUAGAGUCACGUGACUUCAUUCUUAGAGGACGCCGACUUCUUUUGCCAGCGUACUACAAGAAAGUUGACAAGGAGUUACCAAUUUUAAUUUGCCAUGGAGAUACAGAUUACAUCAAUGAUAUCGAAGGAAGCCGUAUGUUUUUAGUGAAGUUGAAGGAGGUUCCGGGCAUGAAGAACAAGAAAAUUAUUGAAUACCGUAACGGGAGGCACGAACUUUUCAUUGAUCGUCCGGAGAUAAGAGACAAGGUGAUCAAUGAUGUUGUUGAUUUUUUGGAUAGCAUACACAAAUAA